UUUGCGUUCUUGAUUCGAUCACCGGUUGCUUUCACCGCCACGAACCACACGUUUCGGCCCCGGGGGGAGUCAUUUCUUAUCUCUUUCUCGUCUUUGCGUCCCACGCUGGGGCUCUAUAUUAUCAUCAGACGCUUGUCUCGGUAACGCACAGGAAGAGAGGAGACUGACACCGGUCGAAGAAGAGCGAAGGAGAGAAUGGCCGACUCCAGUGGCAUUGCCGUGCCGCGCGCCCUUGUCAGUCUUAGGCUUCACUCUUUUGUUGUGGCUAUUCUUCUGGUGCAGGGGUACGUCCAGCUCUCGUGCUGCAGCUCAAGAGUGGAGUUCCUUCCUGGAUUCGAAGGGCCUCUUCCAUUUCGUCUCGAAACUGGGUAUGUUGGUGUGGGUGAAUCAGAGGCAAUUCAACUCUUCUACUACUUUGUGGAGUCGGAGAGAAAUCCUAAGGAAGAUGCUCUCUUUCUUUGGCUAACCGGCGGUCCGGGUUGCUCCGCUUUCUCUGGUCUGAUCUAUGAAAUCGGUCCGCUAAAUUUCAAGAUAAAGGCGUACAAUAGGAGCUUGCCGGAGUUAGUUCUAAAUCCUUAUUCAUGGACAAAGGCAUCUAGCAUUAUAUUUGUUGAUUCGCCCGUCGGGACUGGAUUCUCAUAUGCGGAGAACCCGCUUGCUUAUGAGACAGGAGAUUUCAGACAAGUGCAACAUCUUCAUCAGUUUCUAAGGAAGUGGUUGAUCAGUCAUCCUGAGUUCAUCUCGAACCCGCUUUACAUUGGCGGAGACUCCUAUUCGGGACUCACCGUCCCUGUCCUUGUUCAAGAGAUCAUGGAUGGAAACGAUGAAGGCAAAAAUCCGGCUAUAAACAUCCAGGGUUACGUGCUCGGAAAUCCGGCGACAGAUCCAGGUUUCGACAACAAUGCUCCGGUACCGUUUGCUCAUGGAAUGGGACUCAUCUCGGACGAGCUCUAUGAGUCACUGAAGAGAACUUGUAGGGGGAAUUAUCAAAUUUCCGAGCCCAGUAACGCGGAGUGUGCGAACGAUCUUCAGGCUUUCUAUCAGUGUAUUUCGGGACUUCAAACCGCCCAAAUCCUGGAACCUCUGUGUGGAUAUGCAUUGCCGAAGCCUGGGGAGAUGCUCGGAGACCGGAGAUCUCUUCUUGAGAAUUUCCUCCUUGUUCGUGAACUCACCGCUGGUCUGGAUUCAGGCUGUCGGGCUGAUGGUUACAAGCUGUCUUACAGUUGGACCGACGAUGACAAUGUCCGUGAGACUCUUCACAUAAGAAAGGGAAGCAUUGGGGACUGGCAGAGGUGCAACUAUGGAUUGAAAUAUACAAAAGACAUUUCCAGCACUCUGCAAUACCACGCAAAGCUCAGUGCAAAAGGCUUGCGUUCUUUAAUUUACAGUGGAGAUCAUGACAUGAUUGUACCAUAUAUGGGUACUCAAGCGUGGAUAAGAUCACUGAACUAUUCGAUCGUCGACGACUGGCGAUCGUGGAGGGUCCAAGGUCAAGUUGCCGGUUACACGAGGACUUACUCGAAUGGAAUGACAUUCGCAACUGUUAAGGGUGGAGGGCACACAGCUCCCGAGUACAAGCCUGAAGAAUGUUUUGGUAUGUAUGAAAGGUGGAUAUCGCAGGAGCCACUGUAAGAUGACUAGAGCUCGAAAGCAAACAGCUUUCAAGCUCAUGGCAUACCCAAAUAAGACCAAACAGCAUGAAAUUAGCCAUUUGUAAAAGCAUCUGCUAAAAGAAUUCAUUCAUGGUCGCUAGCUCGCAGAUUGAGCAGCAAUUGUAUUUUCUAUCAUAUAUCGCUAGCAGACAACUAGAUUUCAUAUGGCCAACUCCAGCAAUUUAUUGUUCAUAUCCAUGAGAUGUAAUGACACUGCAUGUUGAACAAAAAACUCUCAUCAAUCCUAUAUCCAUGAGCCAAAUAACCAUUUCCAUUCA